UUGCUCGCCAAGCGAGAACGGCGGCCCAAUCCGAAGCCUAAAACCCUAGCAAUAUAUAAUGGAGACCAUACUGUGAUGCGCACAUAGCACCUCCUCUCGAGUUGAACUUCGUAUUCAUCUCCUCCUCCUGCAGAUCCAGAGCUUCUCGAAGAUGAAGGUUGUCGCCGCCUAUUUGCUCGCCGUGUUGGGUGGUAACUCCUGUCCUUCCGCCGAUGAUCUGAAGGGCAUUCUUGGCUCUGUUGGAGCUGAAGCUGAUGAUGGUAUGAUUCAUCUUCUUUUAUCGGAAGUCAAGGGAAAGGACAUAACAGAGCUUAUUGCGGCUGGGCGGGAGAAGUUGGCUUCUGUUCCAUCUGGCGGUGGUGGUGCAAUUGCAGUUUCUGCAGGUGCCGGAGGUGGCGGUGCUGCUGCUGCUCCAGCUGCAGCUGAGCCCAAGAAAGAGGAAAAGGUGGAAGAGAAAGAGGAGUCAGAUGAUGAUAUGGGCUUCAGUCUUUUCGACUAAGGGUUUGAACACCUUAUCCCCGUACGCAACCUUUCCUUUUCAGUUUGUAGCUUUUAGUUGUUGUUUUCAGUUUUCGGUUCUGCAGUCAUUGUAAUUUUGGUUUAUUAUAUAUUUUAGAAGAAAGUUGUGUCAAAUUGAAAACCCUGUGGCCAGUUUAGUGACAACAAUGGAUUUGAUUUUUAUAUAUUGACCUCAGUAAUUGUUCUCUUUUUGAAAA